UACUCCACGCCUUUGGAGGUCGGGGAGUCCAGGAGCUCGUACUCCAUCUUCUCUCAUCCAUCGACUGCUGCCCUCCGACUUUCUGUCAACGAACCUCUAAAGGUACCGAAUCACUCGCUGCUUGCUCUCGCGUCUUUCGCUUCUUUCAACAUUGUCGCUUUCUUUUUCAUACGGUUUUCGUGCCUUCGCGAUUUUCCUUGACUUAAAUGAUAUCAUCGCCAUGUGGUUUCACAAGUCGUCCCGUCUUUACAAAAGCUGACUUCUCCGUUACGCGCGUGUCAAUGGUCUUGGACAAUAGCGCUAUAUAGCUUUACGAUUUAUCAACCUACGCCCGUUUCGCGAACGACCUCGUCCGCAUCUCGCUCGGAUUAACGGUUAACGACCCCACUCAGAAGCUCUGAAGAUCAUACUAUUGGAGGACAUUUGGUUUCGUCCACGUUUCCGCUGUACACGGCAAAAUGGCCGGCCCUGUAAACCCCUUUGCUGGCCUCGGCCAGAAAGAUGGGCCAGCCGGUUCAGCAGGACGUGGACGCGGUGGACCAUCUGGCCGACCUUAUCAACCCAAAGCCGCCAAUACGUCACGCGAUACCAAAGUUCGAGGCCGGGGACGAGGGGCUUCAUCAGCAACAAGGUCUGGGCGGGGGCAAGGAAGGGGCGCUAGCUCAGCGAGCAAUACCUGGCGCAACAAGUCAGAUUCCCCGUCGGGGUCUGUAGGACCGAUUACCUCGCCUUUCGCACAACUUAAGCAAACGGCCCCUGCGUCGUCGCCCUUUGGCGGCCAGACAUUGCAGCAGAAGGCGUCUCCUACAGGGUUUGGAAAGGCCUCGCCGGUGCCGUUUGGUGCCCCCAACUUCGAUGGCAAUGGCGUCGGCUUCGGUACGGGUUUCAGCCAAGGGCCCUCCCAGCAGCCCUCGCCUUCAGAUAACGGAUCCAGCAUUCCCGUCGAAGAGCUGUCGCAUAUGAGCAGCUAUACCGAGCGCUACGAACAGCUUAAACUCGCUAGAACCAAGGAACGGGAAAAGGCCAUUAGAGAGGGGCAGAUGGCAGAUCCAAAUCAACCGACUUCCUUGAAUCAAGCCAUUACACCCGUGGGCACGUGUACGAGCAUGUGCCCUGAAUUCGAAAGAGUGGAACGUAUAGUUCAAAAGAUGGUCGACAAAAGCGAGAAGUUUCUGCAUCCCGCAACGAAUUCGCUACAGAAUAUGGAACUGAAGAUGCUAAAACGGUUCAGAAGAUCCGCAGCCGGCUAUGAUGAACAGCUUCCGUCAGACAUUCGAACACCCAAGACCCUCCUUCAGACCAUGAACUACCUCAUACGGCACGUCAUUGAUGGGCCCGAGCCUCUUGGACUUAUCCAUAAGUUCGUAUGGGACCGAACUCGCUCAAUCCGUAAUGAUUUCUCGGUCCAGCAGCUCACACAGGAGGACCAUGUGAAGAUGGCGGUAACAUGCCUGGAGAGAAUUGCUCGGUUCCACAUCAUAUCACUACAUCUGCUGUCGAGCCCUGCGAAUGAUGAGCCUUUUGAUCGCCAUCAGGAACGCGAGCAGCUGAACAACACGAUGUUGUCACUGAUGUACUACUAUGAUGACAAUAGAGGCCGGAUCGCCUUUCCGAACGAAGACGAGUUCAGGGCCUACUAUAUAAUUCUCUCGAUUCAUGACCAACGGCCUGAUUUGGAAGCUCGUGUCCAGAAGUGGCCCGCGGAGCUGAGGAACUCACCCCGAGUUCAAAUCGCCCUGGAAUUGUUUGCUGCUGCCGGGAAUACAUGGGAGUAUCAGGGUACUCUCGAUGCGAAGCGACCAAACGCGAUCGCGCAAGGCUUCUACGCACGGUUCUUUAACAUAAUUGAUUCGCCGGGUGUUUCCUAUCUCACAGCCUGCGUUGCAGAGAUCUACUUCAACCACAUGCGUCAAACCGCUAUUCGUUCCAUCUGGAAAGGAUAUUGUCGCUAUCCUGCAUCCCAACAGCACAAGAACGAAGAAUGGACCCUUGACGAGCUGACGACAGUUCUUUGCUUUGAUGACCACGAACAGACUAUCAAGUUCUGUGAAGAGCAAGGCUUGGAAUUUGCCGAGAACGCCAAUGGUGAUCUUUAUCUUAACUGGGGCAGUCGUCCAAUUGAUACAGUCGCCUUUCAACCGUCGUCAGAUCACUCAUUCUCGGAACAGCAUGUUGAGUCAAAGCGUGCAGGCAGAACACUGGCUGCCAUCAUCCUUGGCCUCAACAUCAAAGAAGCUGCAAAUCUCGGAAUGGUCGAUUCAUCUCAUCUGUCCGAGCGCAUUCCUGCGUUGCCCGCGCCCAUGAGUACAAAUGAUGACUCGCUUUUCGUGAGCGACGAUGAUAACGCCUCCCAACCUUUCAACUUCAAAACGGCUGGGUCUCCUUCACAAGAAGAGAGUCCACGCGACUCGCCGAGCUCUGCAUCUAGCCUUCAGAACGCAUUUGCGGGAUUUUCACAGCCUGAAACUUCGAAUCCACCGGCUUUUGCGUUUGCUCCUAAUCCGACUCCACAACCAUCACAGCCCUUUGGUACGCAGCAACAGACAUUCUCGUCGCCAUUUCCGCCCAAUAGCACAGCCAAUGCCUUUGGGUCACCUGCAAGUGUACCUUCAAACCCUUUCGCAAAUGUUAUGCAGUCAUCCACCCUAUCGAAGAGCCCCCCGAAAGAAAGCAUUGCAGCCUUCACACCUUCGUCCGCAAAUCAACAGUCGAACACCCUCUUUGCCCCUGCACCGAGCCCAGUCGCAACACAAGACACAGAAAAGCCUUCCGUAUUCUCUACUACCACGCCUUUCAGCUUCGCGAAUGCCGUCAACUCUACUACCGCCCCGACAUCACCAUUCAGUACCCCUGCAGUUUCUUUCGCCCCAAAGUCCGACCAAGCCAACGUAGCGGCUGCUGGCCAGCCCACACCUACGCCUUUCAGCACAGUAAAGGGGCCCUACUCAUCAGGGGCAUCUAGCUCGAUCUUCAGCUUUCCUAACGAAAGCAUAACUUCUGCUGACGCUAUUCCCCCUCAACCUCAAUCAACCCCACAAGCUUUUGCAGCUGCAUCAUCGCCAUUUACGAAAACGUCUGCCUCGGAGAAGCAAGAGCAAUCCCGCCUGUUCUUCUCUCCGCCGCCUCGUGUGCCAUCCGACACCGCGCCCCAAACUCAACUGGGCAGUCCGUCAGUUCAAGAGAAACAAUCGACCCCCUCCGAUGAGAAGACCGCCGUUCCUUUCGAGAAAGAGGCCUCACCUGAACCGUCAGUCGCAGAAGAGCACAUAUCACUCCCAAGCGAUAACGUUCCCAUUGAAUCGCUGCACUCAUCGACUGCUCAGGAACCGGAGGCAACGAACGCCCUUAUUGAUGGAGAGCGUUCAGUCCAACCAGUUGAGGUGGAAAAGGAACACGAGCCUGUAUCUCUUGAGAGGCCCAUUGAAGAACCAACUGCCGAACUUACGAAUGAUUCGCGGCGUUCUGCAUGGUUAUCAGCUCUGAAAGGAGCUGCUGACAGACGACGAGAAACUGUGUCUAAUGGACGUAAGCGAGUCCACGAGGAGCCAGAAGAACCAAAACUCGUGGAAAGCGUACCCAAAGCGCAGAAACUGCAAAAAGCCGACGUGCCCACUCCGCAGAAGAAGUCCAUGGCACUUGCAUCUACGAAACCUUUACCAAAGCUUCCGAUUCUGGAACAGAUCGAAUCGAUGACCGCCAGAAAGCCGGUGGGGCCCAAGCCCGAGGCGCCGAAAUCGGUUCAAGUUGACGAAGAUGAGCUGCUUUUGUCUGCUGCCCGCAUUGCCGCCGAAUCAUUAAGAAGUGGACCAAAGCUCCUCGAUGGGUGGUCUACAUCCUACGAACCCCGAAGCUCUUCCUUCAGUCCCGGGGCUAGUUUAUCAUCUUCUGUUGCAUUCUCCAGAAGCCAGUCCCCCCAAUCAUCAUCCUACAUCAAUGGCUAUGAGGUCUCGCUAGCCCCAGAUACCGAUCUCGGACUUGGCCGUACGUUGUCUCGAACCGAGCAACGGAUCCGACUGACAGGAGCUAAGGGUCUAGCGUACAAGCCGUUGGAUUUCACUCCUGACAAGAAACGGAAAUCUCGCUAGACUGACAGUAGAUCUUAGCCCUGCGCAUCCUCUUCCUGUUCUUUCCUUAUCCCUGAUUCUGAAUCAUAUGCAAUCUGCACGAUAUGCGACGUUCAUCUCAUCUGAUUCCAUUUCACCUUAAAGAGACCUACUGUGAUUCUGGCUAUUCAAUUCACUCCUAUACCACUGCAUUCAGCAUCGGCGUUUUGAGGUUCAUGUACGCCUUUAUUGUGUCUACUUUUCUUCGGGCUUGUGGUUGAAACUGUUUGAUUCGAGAUUCCACUAUGUCUCGGAAUCUUGUUGGAAUUGGCGCUGUGUAUUCCACUGCGAAUUGAAAUAGAACCAGAAUUUUCUAUACCCAUACAGAACAUACCCUUUAUGCUUCAGUCAGUAUCCGAGCCUUAUUUAGAUGUUCACAUCAUGCCUGUAUAUCUCUAUCAUAACAUCGAGAAAGGGGUUCAUAUUCUAUGAGACAGACAUUGAUGGAG